UUUUCUGAUUCCUUUUCUGUGGCUUCGUGUCCCACAGAGCAUGCCGCUUUGCGAAAUGCGCUCAUGAUUUACGAAUUCAUAUGGAUACCAAGGCUGCUGCUGCAUGGGAAUGGUGUUGGCCAUUUGGUCCUGGAGCGUGGCUCGACGAGAGAGCGAAUUCCCACUGUGCUUGGAAAUCCCAAGUAACUUUGCAUGAGAGACAAGGAUGGAUAGAUUGCAUAGCGUGUGUGGCACAGCCAUUGCAUCCGGGUGUGUACUGGGAGGUAAUCCUACGUAGAAACCUAAUACCCGAUUCUCGAAACUUGAUUGAUGAGUGAGCUCCGUUGUGACAAUUGAACUUGCUUGGACAGAAGUAUUGCAAUUUUUGCUGCAGGAAAGAUGCCCUUGCAAUUAGUCAUUACUUUGUUAUAUUGAGGCCGAAUCCCCUUUCACCUGUAU